AUGUGCCACCACGCUCGUCUCGUUUCGUACGGAGCCGCGUCGUGUGAGCCAGGAGCAAACCAGCCGCAACAACUGUCGCUCGCCAAACCUCUCGCGCGUACAAUCGUGCAAGCGGACGAGCGAAGCGGAGAAGAACUCUUUAGGAACGCAGCAGAGGCUGGACCUCUGGACAUCGUGAAGCUUUGCAAAGAGGACAAACUGUUGAACAUUUCGACUAAUUUGCCGGCGAACACACCCGAUUCUCCCUAUGUCCUUCAGAUCGUCGGAGCUCAUCCGGCCUCGUCGGGGGUGAUCGAGGCGGAAGUGCUGUGGGCCCUCGAGAGGCGUGUGGCGGCCUUGGAACGGCAACUUAGGGAGCAUCAAGAAGCUCUGUACGCAUCGCCUUCGUUCGCUCUUCGCGAACUGAAGCGGCAGGUCGACAGUUUCAAGAACAAGUUGGAGCACAACGACCAACUCAGUUGGCUGAGUUUCUACAAACAGCUUCCAGAGCCCCUCUACGCGGAUUCCUGCCGCAGAUUGCAGUAUCGGCGGAAGAGCGACAGCAUGAAGCGGAAGGUGCGAGAAAAGUUCCUCAAUAUUUGCGACGUGUCGAUAUCGUCGAGCGUUCGGGAGUGGCUACGUUCACCGGCUUUCGAUGCCCGGCAGUGGGAGGACGAAGAGCUUCUUCUUAUGCUGCAAACCAUGUUCGUCGAGCUGGACCUACCUCAAAAGUUUAACAUUCCUUUACCAAUCCUGAGGAACUUCCUCUACGAAGUUUACAACAACUAUAACGAAGUGCCGUUUCAUAACUUCAGGCAUUGUUUCUGCGUGGCGCAAAUGAUGUACGCGAUAUCUUGGGCGGUGGAUCUGCCGUCACGAAUCGGUGAUCUGGAGGUUUUUAUAUUGAUCGUCUCCUGCAUCUGCCACGACCUGGAUCAUCCGGGAUACAACAACAUUUAUCAAAUAAACGCCCGCACCGAGUUGGCGCUCCGUUACAACGAUAUUUCGCCGCUGGAGAACCAUCAUUGCUCCGUCGCGUUUCGCGUUCUCGAAGCACCGGAAUGCAACAUAUUGGCGUCGUUGGACAACCCUACGUACCGGGUGGUGCGCGAGGGGAUCAUCAGGUGUAUUCUUGCCACGGACAUGGCCAGACACAACGAGAUUCUCGGCCAGUUCACCGACAUUAUCCCGGAGUUCGAUUAUUCGAGCAAGGCUCAUAUCAAUCUCUUAUCGAUGAUUCUCAUCAAAGUGGCGGACAUCAGCAACGAGGCCCGGCCUAUGGAAGUCGCGGAACCGUGGUUGGACAGGCUGCUCCAGGAAUUCUUCAAGCAGAGCGACGCCGAGAAGCUGGAAGGACUGCCGGUCACGCCGUUCAUGGACCGCGACAAAGUGACCAAACCCUCGUCCCAAGUCAGCUUCAUCGGUCUCGUCUUGCUCCCUCUUUUCGAGGCCCUGGGGGAACUGUUCCCGGAACUGCAGGGCCUGAUAGUGCAGCCGGUGAGGGAGGCGUUGGAGUAUUAUCGCAGGUUGAACGAGGCGGCGAAGGACGAGCGGCAUCAUCGAAAGAGCGUGGCGGAUGUCGGGGAAUCGACGUCGGCGAGCACGGCGGGGAGCGUUGGAGGCGGCGGGGGCGGUGGUGGCGGCGGGGGCGGCGGCGGGUCGUCGAGCGUGGUUAAGUCGAGCUCGUCGCACAGCAUGCGGUCGAAACGGUCGGCGGGGACGAUUCGGUCGCGGUCGCGCUCCACGGACGAGGACGUGACGGAGAACUUGACGGGGGAGGACGCGGAGAACGUGGAGAGCUCGGACCCGGAAACGGCGACCGAGGUGGAGGUGAGCGAGAAAACGUUGAAGUUCAAGAUCUCGACGGAGGGGACGCUGUCCGGGGCUGGAACAGGUAGGAAAAGCUACCCGGGUAGCCGGAAGGGUAGCCGUGAGAAAUCGUCACUGGAUUAUCAUAAUCACGACCUGGCCAGGGCUGUGAGGGAGCACGAAAGAAAACGAGGAGGCGGAGGUAAGGGGGAGAGCCUCGGCAGCGACCUGAGCUCGCCUGCGAGCGGUUGGUCCGCGGAGGAAACGAGGAUCUUGGAGGAGUUGGAGAGGGCGGACGAGGGCGUUGGACGGGAGUUGGACGCGAGGUCGAGGGAGCGAAGGGCGACGACGAUGGUGGAGGGUAACGGGAACGUGGUGGUGGAGGUGGAGGAGCGGAGGAACAGCUCGAGGAGGGCGGGAGAAGGCGAGGAGGAGAAGGCGAGGAGCGAUGGCUCGAAGGAGGUUCGGAGGAAGUCGGUGGUCGGGUCGCGGUGCUGCUGCGAGGACAAGACCGGUUCCAACAAUCACAAGUCCAUCUUCUCGAGAUUGAGAAACUUCACGGAUCGGUUGAGCAUCAGCUUCGACUCGAAGGAUCCGCCCACGCCCAAGCCGGCCAAACACGCCGCGACGACGAACAAAACGUUGAACAAGAGCAACUCGAUAGCCGCGACCUCGUCCCAGUCCGCCCAGUGCAACAACUCAACGUCGGCGACGGUUUGCAAGCGGUGCAAUCUGGCCAAGAGCUCGUCGAAGGAGAGCAAAGGUGGCGGCGUGGCGACGGUGGUGGAGUUGUCCCCGAUGGAGAAACGGGCUAUGACGUUGCCGAAGGUGAGAAAGUCGGCCGAUUGCAAGAACAAAAGUUGGAGGACGGUGUUCGCCAAGGAGAAGCGAUCCUCCGCCUCGUUGGAGGCUUUGCCCGCCGCCAUUUCGGACACGUCUUUGUCGAAACAUCGGCGGAAUUCCUCGAAUCCGGAGGGCAAGUCGCACAGCUUGAGAACGGUGAAGGAUCAGAAGAGUUUGGACAUGGAGUUCGCGGAGAUCGACGUGCGCACGAAGAAGCAGCAGCACCACAAUCGCCACCACAAUCGCCACCACCACCACCACCACCACCACCUCCACCAUCACCACCAUCAACCGGAGAUAAUCGUGAAGGGGGUCGAGUACGGGUCGAGAGAGGUCGUGGAACGGGAGGACGUGGAGAGCAAGGUGGAGAUCAGAAGAAGCUCGGCGAGCAUGGAGGAUAUAUCGAAGAUGGCGAAGCAGGCUGAGAGCGCGAUGCUCGGUUCGUUGGAGCCAAAGAAAGCGAGCGAGGAGCGGCCCCACGCGGGUAGCUUGGACUCGAUGCUGUACAAGGAUUCUUUGAAAUCUGGAAAGAAGGCCGCGUGCUCCUCGCCGACCACCGCGUCGAAAAAAUCUUCCCCCGGCCUGUUGUCGCGGUUCAAGUCCGGGAUGAGCAUGGACAGCACGAGGAGCAACAGCAACAGCGACUCGUUGCACGAUCAAAGCUCGCAAUCGCCGAGCGGUUGGAUCUCCUCGUUGACGGCGAGCUUUCGGCCCAAGAGGCAGCAGGUGGCCUCGGAACCGCCACCCUUCUCCUCCUCCCAUCCCCCGCGUUCGCCCAGCCGAGAGGAGAUCAAGUGAUACGGUCUACGGCUGGUCGAGGACUCUUCCGAGAAACAAUUGUCGGGCCUGCACAGGUGGCUGGCCGAGAAUAUCUUCUGCUGUAGCGGUUAAAACGUUCGCCAUUUAUUCGCGGGCUCGAGGGAACGAGCCAAGUCUCCGUCCCGAACAGUCGGGAGGAGACGGAGCCAAAGAUCGUCGACGAAUCGCUGAAAUUGAGAAGAAGAUGCGGGGGAGGAGACGCAACGAGCGCAUUGGAAACGCGGAAGGGGAUGCACGGAACGUGUCGAGGAUCGAAAUGAUCCGCGUCUCUCCCUCGAGUUGGCUCGAUUAUUAUUUCGACUCGAUCUCAAGCGUCGGACUCAUUUAUCGAGAGCUAAACGGAGACAUCCUUUUUCUCUCCAUCGAUUCUCGGCCAACGAUUAGGAAAACCUCCUCUGCGUGACGAUCUUCUGCGUCCGAUCUGGAUUCUGCGUCUCGGUGUAGGAAGAGUCGACGGAAUUUUUCGCGUGGAACUCGAGCGAUUAGAUAAUAAAUCGGGCAAAUACCGGAUCGGAUCGCGGAGACAAAGAGGAACGUUCGCACAAACGAUCUGACUGUAUCCCGUCGCGUCACGGAUCAUUCGGGAUGAUUACGAUCGGAGAGAAAGGAAGAUAGGAUAAGGGUUGUGCGAGGAUCGAAGCGCGAUUUAAAGGGAAAAAAAUAGUACGUCUUAUAGUACGUCUGCGUAUAGUAAGUCGAUUAGCUGUUUCCAAAUGUAGCCAGAGAAUGUGUGAGUGUAAUUAAUUCGUUCGUAUCGAAGCCAAACUGUCGAACAGCUGGCCAAUACCAAAUAUAUGUAUAUUGCUCCUAAUUAUCGAUCUCCGUUCCGAGAGCAACAGUUGAAUGAAAGAGCGGGAGAGAGCGAGUGGAGAGACUGUGAAUAGGAGUGAAAGAGAGGGAGAGAAAGGUAGAAAAGAAAAUAUCGCGUAACGAUGAAAUAUAAUAAUUUGUCGAGAUCGAGCGGUUCGUACUGGCAUAGAGAUUGAAAACGAAAAAAUGAUAUCGAAAAAAGAAAAAAAGAAUCGAAGCGAGGAAGAAACGAAAAUGGACGGCCUGAAAGAAGAAAAAGAAGAAGAGGAGGAAGAAAAAGGCGCACUAUAUAAACUAUUUUAUUUAUUGUCCAAUUAAAAAAAGGAUAAUGAGCCUAAUGAGUAAUCAUUAAUGUUGUUCGUUAUUAUAUAUAUAUAUAUAUAUAUAUAUACAUACAUAAAAUAUAUGCAAAAUAACGCAAUGUAUACAAAGACGUGAAAAGAAAGAUAUGCGAUUCCCAUCGAAACGAGAACAUAACGUAUAUAUAUAUUAUAAAAAGAUAUUAUAUAAAGAAAAGAAUCUCUCUCUCGUACGAAAAAGUGGAUCUACUGUAACGAAAAAAGAAUUCGACAGAUUAUAGAUACAGAUAGUGAAAUGAAAAGAUUCAAGAUUCAAGUGUCGCGUUGAAUUAGAAUUAAAAAUUUAUCCCCCGUUUGAAAAACUCCCUCUGUCACAGGGGAAAAAAAUAAGAAGAAAAGAAAGCAGAAAGAGAAAGAGAGAGAGAGAGAGAGAGGAAAAAGAAAAUAAUUUCGUGUUUAUCUCGAACGUCGCGGGGAAAGAGACGAAAUCAAUCGGUUUCCAAUUAUUUCGAGGAAUAUCAUUCGCACGAAAAAAACGAUUUUGUUGAUCUGUCAAAAAUUUAGAUGAAUGUUAAAUAAAUGUUGUUUCCUCGUUGAAAAAAAAAAAAAUGUCUUCCUAUGAUUUAAAAAAAAUGUUAUAUAUACACUCUCGUGGAAAAGUUGUUGUAAAAUCGGUGGAAUCUUUUGGAUCUAUAACGAUUAUUUUAAUUCUUUUAUCAGUAAUAGUCGACGAAUAUUUACUCUAUUUAUUUUUUAUAGCUAUCACGUUACUCUCAUCUUAUCGCUAAAUUUAUACAACGGAUCGACAAAAAGUACACUCUUUGGUCUAUUUUCGAACGCGUUUAGAACGAGGAUGAAAAAAAAGCGAAAUAAAGGGGACAAGAUCGGCUGAAAUGAAUGGAUAAACGUUUAAAGGAAAAAAAAAAAAGAGAAAAACCCUCGUGAUGCACGCGUUUUCACGUUUGCUCGACGCAAAGAUUAUUUUUCCGCGUCUAAACGACGUCUCGCUUCUUCAUUUUUUUUUAGAUGUUUAUAUUUUUAUACUCCACCAGCGAUGUGUCUCUACGGCGAUGAAGAACCGCAUGUAUUGUUGAAGUCUAGUCUUACGUUAUUGUCUUCAUCUCCCCCUCCCCUCUCCUCCCCUCCCCUCCCGCCCCUCAAAAGAAGAAGAAAAAAAUAAGGGAAAAAAAAAAACUGAUCUUUUUUGAAAGAGGAAACAUCCUUCUACAACAUUUUUCUACAACGUAGAAUCGUAGAAACAACAGGAAGAUAUGAAUCCACCUGUAUAUCCACCCGAUCUUCCGUAUUCGACGCAAAUGCUCGUUCGAAAUUCUUCCCUAACCGAAGAAGCCGCGAGAAGAGAUUCGUUCGAUUUCGAAGGAAUCAUUUGAUUUACAAUUAAACGUAACGAUCGAAAAUUCGUCGAUUCGUCGAUUUGUUAAAUCUCUUCCCACGGCGGUCAAGAAACCCGCGCGAAUCUAUCGUCGAUCCAUCGUCAAUCUUCCAUUUCGUCGUGGAGAAAUAGCUCGUCGUUGCUCCACGUAGGCAAAUACAGGGACAGAGGAUAUAUAGAGACACGAGUGUGUUCGUUUGCCAACGUUGAAUCAAUUCAACGUUGCGUGCCAGGCUAUAAUGUAAAUUAUUAAUCGAACUUUCAGUGAUACGGGGCAAAAAAAGUAUUUGAUCUUGAACAACAACCGAUAACAAACGAAUCCGCAAAUCUACACCGAGAGAGCUACGUCGAUCGAUUUCGAUUCGUUUGAUAAUCAACGACUGAUAGAAAAAAAAAAAAGAAAGAAAUCAAAUGCUUUUUUCGUUCUAUCACUCGCUAUCUGUGCCUGACCUUUGUCAAUAUUUAUUUGUCUCUUCCUAGACAUAUAUAAAUCGUAUACUGUACGCAUAUCGGUAUAAUCGGAUUUUUCCUAAGAGAAACUCUCGGACCACCCCGUGUCGACAAUCGAAUUAUACCUCCUCGUCGUUGAAUCGUCCAAGUGUUACGCGGUCUAUAACUUUCGAGAAUUAUUAAAAAACGCGGUCAGCCGAAUUUUAAUAAUCUUUUUAAUCAGAGAUGUUGAGGAGGAGCGAAGAUGGAACGAAACUCGAUGAUGAUCACGGUCGGCAGACAGGACGAUGACGAUGAUUCCCACUCGUCGAUUGAUCGUUCAAUCGUAGAAGUGGCGAGGUAGCGCAUCCCUCGUAUCCCAAUUAUUCUCGUCAAUUACCGUAAUCGAUCGUACGUUUUCUCCUGGCGGUGGAAAGAAGGGACGGAUGGUAGAGUGUCGUCGGAAAUUGUGAACGAAACUAGGCCAUAGCGUGUAAUUUUCUGGGAUAAGCCGGGAGAAUAGCCGCAAUCUUGGCGCAAUUCUCGUUUCCAUUCCCCACCAUCCUCGCAGCGAGAAGUGCAGCGUUAAUUAGCGUAAUAAGGAAUCCAACGUUCCUUGCGAUAAUAUUGUGAAUCGAAUCGCGCCCGGAUCAUUUCGCCUCGAUCCUUGUCGUCGGAUCCUUCGUUCGUUCGUUCGUUCGUUCGUUGAGAAGAAAAAAAAUUGGGAGAAAUUGGCGGGGAUGUCGGUCAAACGAGUCGAACGUACGGUUGAAGUGUACGCGCGUUUGCUCCGAUUUCGAGAGAGGAGGUAGAGGAGAAGAAACGGGGCCAAAAUUUAGAGAUUCGAAUUAUCGAUCGAACUGAACGUUUCGAAAUUUUUAAAAGUUUAAAGUACAAAUUAACGAUGCCACGUUGAUACGAUAUCUUGGAUGCUAUCUUUUAUUAAUUUCUAGGAUAUUAGCGAAGAUUUUAACGCGACUGAAAUGUCUCGAUACAUCGUGUUUCUUUUAUAACGUGAUAUGACGAUGAAAUGAAUUAUGAAAUUAUUAAAUUUACUUGUAAUUUAUUUCUCUUCUCAUGGCGUUUAGAUGGCGUUUUUAAAUUAUUGAUAUCGUAAUAUUUUAAACUUGGGGAAAGAUUUAUUAAAAUUCAAAAUUUUCGAAAAUUAUCUUUCAUUCGAAACAUUUUCUAUUCAACGUCGCAUCGCUAAUCCACGUUAGAUUUUAAUCGGUGCGCAAGUGAACGUAGAUUUGCAAAAUUAUCACAAAGAGAAAAACAGCGAUAAUUAUAAUAAAAAUGAAGAAGAAGAAAAAAAAGAAGAAGAAGAAGACGAAGAAAAAGAAGAAGAAGAAGAAAAAGUAAAACGGGUCAAGAUAUAUGAGUGAUGUGACGAACAAAAAAACGAUUCUAGAUAUAUGUAUGUAUAAUGUGUAUUUACCUGGCGAGAAAGAAUUAUAAAAAAACGAAGAACGUGAAACAGAACAGCUAAGCUCGCGGGCGAGUAUAUUGUAAACGAUGAAUUGUAUAGUUAAUAUGUGUGUAAAACUAUCGUGGAACAAAUUCAAGCACGUUGCAGAGGCGUGUACACUCGAUGUUCGUGCGUUGUUCGACGAUGACGAUCGAUCACAUUGUUUGUCCGCAAUAAACAAAUGGAAAAAGAAAAAAAAAAAAAAACGUAUAUAUUCUGCGCUUGGUCGGUAUGAAUAAAUAUAAUUGAUAGAUUCCAUACCGUAACGAUUCCCUAUUCGUUCAUCUGUUGGAAUUAUCUGUUUGGAAUUAUUAUUAAAAAAAAAAAAGAAUAUUUAAUCUAAAUUAGAAAAAAAUACUGAAUCUAAUAUAUGAAAUACUCGA